AUGGCAGAAACAACCCUCACAACCGACAUCCUCGACGCCCGACUGACCCGCUGCAAGACGCCGAAGGCCGUGAUUGAGUCUGGAGCCCUCUUGGACUUGAUCGACAGUCAUUCAAAAGAACUUUUCAGUGUAUUCGCGGAGCAUGAUGGGUUCGAGAUGCUUUGGGCCUACGAGGACAAGGAAGCCACCCUAGAUUUCCUAAUAGACAUGGCACUAGUACUCGUAAAUUCAUUUGACGAGCGGCUGGGAGUAAUGUCGGCCUUGGUGUACUAUCUGUGUGACCGAGACUCAUACUCAAUCGACAUCCAAUGGGCUUGGAAAGACGCGAAGCGUAUGAGCCAGUUUCUUCUCUGGGUUGAGGAUGUUUUGCAGGUAUCCUUAGCCCAGCAGACUUCAGGGGAACGCGGCGAGACGUCCAGGAGUGAUGUGUGCUGGUUGGUAAAAUGUUUAAGUUUGUUGGACGUGGUUUUGAGCGACUACCCGCCUGCCCGAGUGACUCCUUUGAUGUGGGAGUCGAUGUUCCGCCUCAUUCCGACACUCCUACGGGCUAGUGAGGCCCUCACCGCCGGCGGGUGCCACACCGGAGUUCGACAGCAGACCACAGGCCGGGGAUCGGGCACAACAAUUAGCAAUGUUCUCAACUCCAUAUGCUACUUCGGUCUAGGUCUAACGUUUAGAGAAUACGUCAGGGAUUACAUCACCAUUUCCGACAGGUAUCUGACUCUACCGAAGGACACACGCUGCUCAUGCAAGUCUUGCGACCUUAUCCGAGUCGGUAGAAAGGCCAUAAAACAACGCGAUGAAUUCCCGAUUCCACAAAACGCGGGUACAUACUUAUCACACCCGACCUAA